CUGUCAUCUCCAUUGACAAUGGCCCGGUCAGGUCUGAGCGUCGUGUUGAAUCAAACUAACAGUGAAGGCCAAGUUUACGCAUGCUGGAUAUGACGUCUAUUCCCCACCACCGCCGCCUCACAGUCCUCCGCAGACACGACAUGAAACGAAUACCCAUGUGGAAAAAGCAAGCUGGAUAAAACCGCAGGAGAGAACAUGAUACGACAGUUCCAGAAUUAUAUCAACGGCUGACAAGGAGCCAUCCCCGCCGAAUUAGUCAUGCUCGUAUAACACCCACAUCCACCUCCCCGCAUCCCUCGACAAGACCAGACCAAACGACCUGCACACCCACCAUGUCCCCCACGCAAGAAGACGACCACGAAAGCGCCGACCUCGCCACCCUCCUCACAACCGACAUCCGCACGGUACUUCCUCCGCAACCAACAGGAACCAUCCUCUCUCAGCGCCCGUUCGUCUCCAUCCCUGGCCUCUUCAACCUCCGCGACCUCAGCACGCCCCAAGAUGACGGCCCCCCCGCAAUCCGCCGGGGCUUCAUCUACCGCUCUGGAGCUUUGACACACAUCACGCCGGCGGGUAAAGCCGCCCUUGUCGAUACCCUCCACCUAGGCACGAUCUUCGACCUGCGUCGGCCGGAGGAGCGCGCGCGCGCACCCAGCCCCGACAUCCCUGGCGUCGAGACAAUAUGGACCCCGUACGCGUUCACGCCCAUGCCGGUUAAUCCGCGCGACUUUGCAGGACCGGACGGGGGCGUCUCCGGGUUUGUCAAGAUGUAUCUGGGGGUGCUGGAGUGCGCUGAGCCCGCGUUCCAGGCGGUGUUUCAGCAGAUACGGGACCAUCCGGAGCGGCCUAUUCUAUUUCAUUGUUCAGCCGGAAAGGACCGCACAGGUGUCAUCGCCGCCCUUAUUGAAAAACUCGCUGGCUACUCCGACGACGCCAUUGUGCACGACUACCUCCUCACGCGGAUCGGGGUCGAGCCUGCGCGCCCGGCACUGUUGGGGUUCCUGCGGGGACAGGUCGGGGCACCCGUGCCGGAGGAGAUGCCGGGGUUGGUGGAGCUGUGCGGUGUGCAGGCGGCGGCGAUGAGGGGGUUCCUGAAGGCGCUGGACGGGAUGUUCGAAGGGGGUGUUAUCGGGUAUUUGACUAUUCGAUUGGGGUUUUCAGAUGAGGAUGUGGAGGUCAUACGGGGGAAUCUAGCUCCUUCUAAGGAUCAAGCUUCAAACCCUGCUGGAUAGUAUAGCCCGCGAGCGCAGCAUACAAC